AUGUCCGAAACCGAUUUAGAGCCAACAACAGAAGAUGAAGGGGGAAAAGAAAGUGAGACCCCAGGGGAAAUAGUGGAAGAUGAUGAGGGAGGAGAUGAAAAUGAACAAAGGGAAAGGGAUGCUAAUGAAGAGCUGGGAGAACAGGAAGAAGAUUAUGAAGAAAAAGAGGGAGAUGAAUAUGAAGAUGAAGAAUAUGGAGAAGAAGAGAAAGAAGGUGAAGGUGGAAAAGUAAUUAAAAAGGCAGGUUUAAAAGUGCUGGAUAAGAAAGAUGUAGUACAUGAUGAAAAUGAAGAAGAGGUAAGUGAAGAAGAAGAUAUAUAUGCAGAAAGAAAAGAAGGGGAACUAAGAGCAGAACUUAGAGCAGAAAAAAGAAUGUCUUUGCAAGUAGAUGAUGAUGAUGAAGAUGAUGAAGAAUAUGAAGAUGAGGAGGAAGAAGAUUACAUUUCAGGACCUUAUUUAUCCCUGGACUCUACUAAAAAUCCAAAUCCAAAAUACCCACAUGUUGCAGUAGCAGAGAAAGGACUAAAUCCUCUAAUUAUUAUUUAUGAAUGGCCUUCUAUGGAACAUAUUCGUGUUCUUCGUGGAGGUGCUAAAAGAGCUUUUGCUUGUUUGCAUUACAGCCCAGAUGGUCGAUUUCUAUGCUCCCAAGGGUGUGAACCAGACUACUUUCUAACGGUGUGGAACUGGAAAAAAGGCAGAAUUCUAAGGCAGCAGAAGGCAUAUGGGCAGGAUGUGUUCAAUGCAAUGUUCUCUGAUUAUUCUCUUGGGAAUUUGACAACAGCAGGAUAUGGUCACAUCAAAUUUUGGAAGUUAGCUAAAACAUUCACAGGUUUGAAAUUAAUGGGUAAGAUUGGAAGAUUUGGAAAAACUGAAAUGUGUGACAUCAUUGGAUUUAUUGCCUUACCUGAUGAACAGGUUGUUUCAGGCUGUGAAUGGGGAAAUAUGUUGAUCUGGAAUGAAGGGCUGGUUAAGGCUGAAGUGUGCCGAAAAGCUGGAGCAUCCUGUCAUGAAGGGUAUAUUUCACAAUUAUUGUAUGAUGAUAAGGAUGAGGAAAUCAUCUCAAUUGGGACUGACGGUUUCAUCAGAGCUUGGGAUUUCAAAUUAAUUGAGAAGGCUGAUUUGGUUGGAGAUAGUCCCAAAAUCAAAAUAGAAAAUUUGUAUGCCCUUGAAGUUGGAAAGGGAUAUGAUAAAGCCUCCUUACUGUACAUUGAGAAACAAGAUAAUACCAACCCAGAGAAAAGUUUAUGGUUUGCACAGGACCACCCGCUGGCGCCCGAGAAAGUGUUCCGCUGCCACGCGGGCGGCGUGCGCAGCGUGGCCGCCUGCCCCUAUGACACGUACGUGGCCUCCUACGGCGACGACGGCCGCCUGCUCUUCUACAACUACGCCACGCGCCGCGUCGUGCUCGCGCACAAGUUCGCCGCGGGCGGCGGCUUCCUCGUGUGGCUCGACACCAGCGUGGAGCCGACGGGCGACGUGGUGGUGUGCGGCGGCGCGGACGGGCUGGUGCGCGUGGCGGUGGUGGCGCUGCAGAACCGCGAGGCGGCGGGGGAGGCGGCCCGCGACGACGACUUCCUGUGCCUCGUGCAGACCACCAAGCCCCACACCAUGCGCAUCACCAGCAUGGCGGUGCGCGAGGCGCAGGGCCUGCUCGUCACCGGCAGCGAGGACGCCACCAUCUUCGUCUACCAGAUCCUGCCCCGCCACGACUAUGUCUCGCUCAACCCUAUCGGCUUCGUGAACGUGCCCAGCGCCGUCACGCACCUCACCUGGAAGCCACACGAGGACAAGCCCAUGAUUCUGGUGUCGUGUUUCGGCGGUCAGGCGGUCCUUAUGGAGAUUCCAGAUGCGCCCCAAGUGGACACCAAAGUUUCGUACGAACUGAAAAACAUCCCGCAGAAGGAAAUCGUAUUUUUGAGCGUGAAAUCACAGUUACGCCGCGACUUCAUCCUGGAGCAAGAUGCCAUACGAAGAGCGGAAAAACUGGAGAUGAAGAAGGAAAAAUUAAAAGCGAUGAGGGAAGAAAAUCCCAAUCUGAAAAUUGAUGAAGAUUUGUUCUAUGAGGACUCGGAGUCGUCCAUUACGCUGGAGUCCCUGUAUUUCCCGGAGGUGCCAAACCCGAUUCUGUUUUCGCUCUACCUGACGGACGAUAUUAUAUGGAUGUCCCCCGCUGGCUACGACGCUGGAUACAUGUACGAGUACCUGGCCGACAUGGAAGACCCCAUCAGAUGCACCUUGAUUGCUGACGCGGACGACAUAGAAAUCCAUAGCUACGUUGAAGACCCUACAGGAGAGUUCCUUAUUCUCGGCAUGCAAGAUGGGAAGAUUAGAGUUUGUCGAAAGAAUCCUAAUAACAUUUCGGAUCUCUCCGAUUACUGGGCGCUGUCCAUGCACGACAACGAUAAUGGCAUUAUCCCGCAGAUGUGCUUCAGUUAUGACAAUAAAUUCAUGUUCUCUUGCGGCCGUGACGGCAAUGUGUUUGCGUAUGUUGUUGCAUCUGAAAUCGAUAAACCUCCGAUCAGAAAACCCAAGAAAUCUGCACCAUGGCCUUCAGAUUCACUUGAAGAUAUUACAGAUCCAGAAAUGUAUAGUUUAGAACAACUAAAACAGAAAGCCGAAUACGACAGAAAAAUGAAACUAGCAAAUGACCAUAAACAAGAAGUCUUGGAGUCUUUGCAAAAACUCAAAGAAAAGUUUGCUUCUGUGGCACAAUCGAACAAAACUUUGCCUCUAAAACUGAGAAUUCCUUACGGAGAAUUUAAGAUCGAUCAUAGGAUAGAAGAUGAUCUUGAAGAUGAACUAGAGGACAUGUUGGCAUUGGAAAAACGAAAACUCGCUCAUCAAGCGGAAAAGAGCUCCAUCGCAUUACAAAAGCUGCAAGAUUACUAUUAUAACGUGUUGGACACGCACUUAGUAACAGUCCGUGCAUUCAAGAAUCCAAAAUUGAAGGCAUACACUUUUCGUUCAAGAGCCUUGGGACCAGAGUUUCAGCAAGCAAAACGAUUUGUCAAAGAGAAGUUGGAUAGAGCCGAUAAGUUACAAAGGCCUGCUGGCAUUCGAGGGUCCAAAUUUGCCCCAAGUACCACGAUUAAGCAUCGCCUCCGGCUCGGCACGUGGUUGAAGGGGAUCGGAUCCGUAGGGACCAACAUAAGGAUGAACGUGAAGCUCCAAAGAAUGCUUUUGAAGUACUAUGAACGGAAAAGAGCCAAAGAAUUGAGAGAAGAACAGUGGAAUCGGAUGACAACAAUGAAACCUGAUCCAAAAGUAAGCCAUCCAGACGACGUAGCUGCGAUGGAACAGGCAGAAAGAACCAUCGGGGACUUCAAGAUGAAAACUGAUCCCAACUUCACUGUGUAUCAAAUACAGAAAAACUAUAAUGACCGCGUAUUACAACUAAGGGAUAAAAAGGUAGCUUUGAUAAACCACAUUAAUGAAUUGAAUGAACGUCUAACAAAGAGGCACAAAGAAUUGCCAAGUUCAGACAUUAUAUUGCCACCACCGAUUCCUGAGGUGCUGAAAGAAGAGGAAUUUCCAGAGAGAGAAUUGACGCUGCAAGAGGAGGACGUGCUGGCGUACUACCCGACGCCGCCGCCCAGCGCGUCCACGCGCGCCGCCAGCGCCUCGGCGGAAGACGGGCUGGAGGAGGCGCACAAGCCGUCCCUCGCGCGCGCGCAGGUACGCCUUCUGCGCAUCCAUUCGCCAGUCACAGUGUCAUCUGCUACCGGCCUCAGCCCCGGGAGCUUUAUAAACUAUUUUGUGUGUAGUGUUAAUUAA